UUCUGAGUAUAUUAAUGCUGUUGUUCUGUUUUCAGUCUCAGGAUGUGAGUGUAGCGUCCUCUAGUGGGCAGCAGAGCUGCUCUGACUUUACCAUGGGGGUGACAUGGCCGUUGAUUGAAGAGUCUGAGAGGAGUCUGCAGAUCCAGAGCUUCCAGCUGCACAUGUACUACAAGGCCCUGAAGGAGAAAACCCAGACAGAGGUGGUCUGGAAUCAGUGCCAGAAGAACAAGCUGAGAGACAUCGGGAAGGAGGACAAAAUUAAACCAAUCAGGGAGAAGCAGAAGGGCCUUCUUUUGAAACUCCAGCAGGAGAAGGCUGAAAUCAGGCAGCUUCUGGAGAUCAAUAAAUCUACCAGACGAGACAAACAGCAGCUCCUGAAGCAGCAGGACAUCAUUCAGAGGAUGAGACGCUCCACAUUCAGACUGAAGGAGCUUCUGAAGUGUGCUGGGGCUGAAACACCUGUCAUUAUCAUCUCCAUAGGCAGGGAGAUUGCUGACGAGUAUCGUGUAACCUGGCUCGUCCCCACCCUCGAUGAGGUCCAAGAUGAUGGUGUCUUCUGCACAUUUGGUAACGGUGGAUCAGGUGACUUUGUGACACAGGAGUUGUACGACAAACCUUUUGAGCCAGAGUUCCACUCCAGGUGUGACCACUUCAGGCUGCUUCUCUGUGUCCUUGGAGAAAACAUUUAA